CCUUCUCUCAGGGCGGGAUGCUGCGGCGGUGGCGGCGGCUUGCGGCCGGCUGCCUGCGGUGCACAACAGCUAGAGGCGGCGGCUGAGGCGGGUCCUUCCCUGCCUCCUACCGGCGGGUGCAGGAUGGAACAUGAGGCUUCCCAGCUAGAAAAACAGCAUGUACAUAGUGUCUAUAAAAGCACAGCAACUUAUUUCAAUGACCUACAAGACAAAGCAUGGCCUCGUGUUCGACAGUUUCUACUAGAGCAAAAGCCAGGCAGCCUCGUUGCUGAUAUAGGUUGUGGGACUGGAAAAUAUCUCUGUGUCAACAGCCAGGUGUUUAACCUCGGAUGCGAUUAUUGCAGCCCUUUGGUUGAGAUUGCAAGAAAUAAAGGUUGUGAAGUGAUGAUCUGUGAUAACCUUAAUCUCCCUUUUCGGGCUCAGUGUUUCAAUGCAAUCAUCUCUGUGGGAGUGAUUCACCAUUUCUCCACAAAACAAAGACGAAUCAAAGCAAUAAAAGAAAUGGCCAGGGUUCUGGUACCUGGAGGCCAAAUGAUGAUUUACGUUUGGGCUAUGGAACAAAAAAAUCGCCGCUUUGAGAAACAAGAUGUGUUUGUUCCAUGGAACAAAGCCUUGUGUUCCCAACUGCUUUCUGAAUCCAACAAGGCUGGACAUAAGACUGAUCCUUCACAUACUGUAAAAUCUCAGACUGUGCAUUCACAUCAAUUAAUGGGUUCCAAAUACAAGUACCCUAUUACCCUUGAUGAGAAGCAUCCCCAAAGGCCGGAUGGCUGCUUAGCUGAAGCCUGCUGUGUGAAAAUUUCAGAAGAGGAAGAAAAUCGAUUUUACAGUGCCCUUGGGAGAUCUUUUCGGUCCUGGUUUUCAUCCAGAUCUCUAGAUGAAUCUGCCUUGAGAAAGCAAAAUGAGAAGGUGGAGCCUUUGAAGAGUACAGUCAGAUGGACAAACAGUGCUGCCGUAUCUGUUCAGCCAUCGAGGCACUGCAGUUUAGACUUAGGUUGUCGAGGUCCGUUGCUGAAAGAGCAACGACUGGAUGACUAUGAUGAAGUGUUUAUGAAGCAUAUGGCCUGCAAAAAAAUGGAGUGGCUGACGGCCUCAAGGUCACUGAGAGAUUUCAAUGGUGAACGGCCUGCAUUGGUUCAAAGCAACAAUGGAGAAACCUCAUUUCUGAGUGGUCCUAUAGAAAACAUCAACAAUGGUUAUAUCAGUCAAGGGAAUCAUUUCGCUGGCAAGCACUUGAAAAGGACUUCAUCUGCUAGCUCCAGUGAGUCUAUUGUAGAUUCAGCUGUGGCUUUAGGAGACCAUGCUGUUCACGGACAGGAUACAAAAGCCUUCAUGCGCUAUUACCAUGUUUUUCGGGAAGGGGAGCUGUGCUCUCUGCUUGAGGAAAAUGUGCCUGAGGUUCACAUACUAAGUUCAAGCUAUGAUCAUGGUAACUGGUGCAUUAUUGUGAAGAAAACAGAUGAAGAAGAGCAAACAUAAACCUGAAAAAUGAGAGCUUCCACCACUAUUUCCUAUGGACUUUUAGCCUGUCUUGUCAUCCAUUCCGUGUGGAUUGGUACAAUCUGUGUACAAUGAUGUCAUUGUGAACAAAAGGGUACUUGACAUGUUGGAAUGCAGGCUUUUAACAAAUACUCAUCAUAAUUUUUUAUUGCUUUUAGAAAAUCUGCUUUGUGUGUUUUAAACAUUUUAUAAUAAACGACACCUUUUGUAAGAUAAGGAACAAGACAUUCUUUCAUUACCCCCAAAAAGAGGAAAAAAAAAUCUCCCAGUGAAAACUUCAGCCCUGGGCUGAGCACUAAUGCACUAAUUUGCUGAGCUUUU